GUACCCCUUCACCUCCAUAUACGUCUCCGUGGACGGCGAAGCCUCGUUCUGACCGUCGCCAAGCAUCAUUAGGGGUUUCGAUAUUUCGACAUUGUCUUUGGGUGUUUUGAUCGGAUUCGAGCAUAAGCUGAAAUUUUGUUGGCGAUCUGAGGACACUACGAUGGCUGGUGCUGCGGAAGUAGUGCAGGCUGCCGAGGCCAAGGCUUGCUGCGCCCACACGGGCCCGGGCUAUGCGUCCCCCAUCGAGGCCAUGGCGGGGCCUCGCGAGGCCCUGAUCUAUGUCACCUGUGUGUAUAAUGGAACUGGAAUAGAAAAGCCUGACUACUUGGCAACAGUGGAUGUGGAUCCGAACUCCCCAUCCUAUUCCAAAGUCAUUCACAGACUCCCUAUGCCCUAUGUUGGUGAUGAACUGCACCAUUCUGGUUGGAAUUCCUGCAGCUCUUGUCAUGGUGACCCUUCAGCAGUUCGGAAAUUCUUGGUUUUGCCUUCAUUGCUAUCCGGCCGCGUAUACGCCGUUAACACUGCAAAAUCUCCGAGAGCUCCAUCAUUGCAUAAGGUUGUUGAGCCUGAGGAUAUUGUGCAAAAGACUGAACUAGCAUAUCCUCAUACUUCCCAUUGUCUUGCAUCUGGUGAAAUAAUGAUAUCUUGCCUUGGGGAUAAAGAAGGAAAUGCUAAGGGUAAUGGCUUCCUUCUUCUUGAUUCGGACUUCAAUGUAAAAGGAAGAUGGGAAAAACCGGGCCAUGCUCCCAUAUUUGGCUAUGAUUUUUGGUACCAACCACGACACAAGACCAUGAUCAGUUCUUCAUGGGGUGCUCCUUCGGCUUUUUCAAAGGGCUUCAACCUACAGCAUGUGUCAGAUGGAUUAUAUGGAAGACACUUGAAUGUUUAUAGCUGGCCAGAUGGUGAAAUAAAGCAGACAUUGGAUCUUGGAAAUUCGGGGCUGCUACCCUUAGAAACAAGGUUCCUUCAUGACCCAUCUAAAGACACUGGCUUUGUUGGCUGUGCUUUGUCCAGCAACAUGGUUAGAUUCUUCAAGACCUCAGAUGGAUCCUGGAACCAUGAGGUUGCCAUAUCUGUAACACCGCUGAAGGUCCAAAACUGGAUUCUCCCGGAAAUGCCAGGGCUGAUUACCGACUUUCUCAUCUCUCUUGAUGACCGCUACCUCUACUUUGUCAACUGGCUUCACGGAGACAUUAGACAGUACAACAUUGAAAAUCCUGCAAAGCCGGUGCUGGCAGGGCAAGUUUGGGUUGGAGGACUCCUUCAGAAGGGAAGUGAUGUAGUCUAUGUGUCAGAGGACGGGAAAGAGUCACAAUUUGAUGUACCUGAGAUCAAGGGAAAUCGACUAAGAGGAGGACCACAGAUGAUUCAACUGAGCCUGGAUGGGAAGCGGCUGUACGUGACCAACUCCCUCUUUAGCGCGUGGGACAACCAGUUCUACGGUCCAGACCUCACGAAGAAGGGGUCUCACAUGUUGCAGAUCGACGUAAACACCGAGCAAGGCGGACUGACUGUAAAUCCAAACUUCUUUGUUGAUUUUGGAUUAGAGCCUGAAGGACCUGCACUGGCACAUGAGAUGAGGUAUCCUGGAGGAGAUUGCACUUCUGAUAUUUGGAUAUAAGGAAAUCAAACCGCUGUUUUGUUGGUGCUGCAGCAAAUAUUCAUGCAAGAUUGAUAAUGUAAUUUGAUACUUUAUAUACUUCAAUUGUCUUAAUCAAUAAUGCUCACCAAAUGCUUCAUGGUUACCUGUCA